AUGCCGAACUCGCCGCCGCCGGCCCUGCUGCCGCCGCCCGAGGGCAUCUUUCGCAGCUUUGACGACCUCCUCUCGUCGGUCCAGCGCGUAGCCAAGGAUCAAGGCUACGGCGUCGUUAAGCUGCGCGCUUCCAACUACCGCGACGGCAAGCCCACUCGUUACGACCUCGUCUGCGACCGCGGCGGCGUCAAGUACAACAGCACCGCCAAGAAGCGCAACCCCUCGACGCGCAAGGUCGACUGCCCCUGGCGCGCCAAGGCCGUCUGCGAGGUCCAGCUCGGCAACCAGUGGCGCUUCGCCGUCCAGGAGUCGCGACACAACCACGAGCCCCGCGUCGCGACCGCCCUGCCCGGCCAGGAGAACACGCCCCUCGCUCAGAGCAUGCGCAGCUUCACGAACAAGAUUGAUCGCCUGUCGCACGAUAUGAGCGGUAGCUUCAUGCGUAUCGAACAGGCUCUCGACAACAUGAACAAGCGCCUCGAGAACCUCGAGAACCGCAUCGGCUCCUACGAGCCCCGCUUUCAAAACAUGGAGGGCCGCCUGCAGAACAUUGAGGCUCGAAGCGGCGGCAUGGACCUUCCCGACAUGAACGACGUCGAUGCACGACUGCUUCAGGGCGGUGUCAUGUAG